AUGCCCGACGGGCAGGGCCCAAACUUACCGUUUCGUAAGCGGCGGAGACAGGCGGUGUGUGUCCAGGCUCACUUGGAGUGCACCUACUAUCAGAACUAUGCCCGUAGCGACUCCCAAAUCGACAGUUACAACAGCGCCAGCUCGCAGCCUUGUUCAGGCUCGUCGGCGUCAAGCACGCAAGCUACGCACCAAUGUUACGGCUCAGGGCCGCCGUCAGAGUCGCUGGCCAAUGCCGACUACCCAAAGAACUUUUCUGCAACAGACUUGAACGUUGCAUCGGCGGUCCCAGGCGCCAUCUCCGUAGACAUGAGUGGCCCCGACUGGUUCGAGACCGAAGUUCUCGGCGCGCUUGACCAGCCGUUGAGCAGACGCUAG